AUGGAAUCCGCAUCAUUAAUGGAGAUGUUGACGACGCCCACAACCUUUCCGACAAACGUCGAUUGGGAGGGCAAGAUGGAGCCGUCGUCUCCAUCGAAUUCCCAGCAUGGUCUUGCUGAGGACAUUUUCGACGAUACUUACGAUUACUGCAAUGAACCACUUUUCAACAAUGAAGUCUGCGAUUUAGAAGAUGAUUUGAAACCCGACCCAUCCAUACUGGCAAUACUGCAAAUUCCCAUUGAAGUGCUGAAUAAAGAUCUUUGUUACGAUGAUAAGCUGAAGAUAUCGACAAACCAGUCCGUGCAGCUUCUUAACUACGGUCCGCCGUCAACAAUUGGGGAAGAUGAAUUUUACGACUUCCCGCAGCAACCGGAGUCGAAGACCGGCUGCGCUACUGGAACCGAAGUGUUGAUGGAGCUCGAAUAUGUGCCCGGCAAUAUGGAGCUGAUGAACCAUCUGACGCCACCGCAAACGCCGCCCCAGUCGUCGUCAUUUGGCGGUGUCGUUGGUUGCGUCCCUCCCCUUCAGAUGCCGAUCAACAAUGUCACGAUAUCGCAGCAGCAACAGUCGCCGGAACAGUUCCAACCGUUGUAUGCGCCACAGCAAGGAUUGCUGCAGCAGGAGCAACAGCUAUCCUUCCAGGGUUCCAACGACACCAACCUCAACGGUUACUACAUCAUGGGCGAACUCUCCAACGUGUCGAACCAGAUCGUGAAUGAAAGUAUCCAGCAGCAAGCGGUACCGAUGGAACAACUGCAGGAAGUCCCCAGCGACAUUGAGACCACUCUGUUCAACUUUGGCGAAAACUACACACCCCAGCAGAUGAACGAGAUGGAAAAAAUCUUGCUCAGCCUGCAGCGUGACACGUACCACGGCGGCGAUGAUGACGAGUCGUGCGAUUCUUCCGAGAUCGGAUCCAUCGAAAAUGGUGGUUCCAUGUCGCCUGCAUCGUUGACAUCGUCCCUGGUUGCCCAAUCGCCGGUCUACAGCGAUUCGGCUGAAUCGUCCGCUUAUUACGGCAGUAGCCGCAAUGAUGGUGACGAUGAGGACUGGUGCCCACUGAAGGUGAAAAAGCUGAACGGUCGUAACGGUGGCGCCGUAUCGAAAAAGCGUACCGGACCGAAUGGCAGCACCAGCACCCGUGGCCGUGGCAUUGAGGAGAAAAAGUCGCGUAAAAAGGAGCAGAACAAGAACGCUGCUACACGGUACCGCCAGAAGAAAAAGGCGGAAAUAGAGGAGAUUCUUAAUGUGGAGGAAAUUCUGCGCGAAAGGAAUGACAAGCUGAAGAGUGAGUCGAAGGAACUCGGGCGCGACAUACGAUGCAUUAAGAAUUUGUUGCGCGAACUUCUGAAAUCUAAGAUUUAA